AUGUCUCUACAACCGCUCAGAACCAUCACUCCGCCUUUCCAGUGCAUGAGGCGCUUAUAUUCUGCUGCCACCCAUCCUCUCAUUCGUGUUACAAAUCUGCCAGCCCCUGGCACCGGCCACAUUCGUAUCCUCGAGCUGAACCGUCCCGGCGCUCGCAAUGCCAUCUCCAAAGCCCUUCUCGCCGCCCUGAGCAAAGAAGUAGCGGCCAUUCAAAACCAGUAUGGAUCAGAGGGUGAAGAGCUCUAUACUUCGGACAGUCCUGUUAGGGCUCUUAUCCUAGCCAGCGCCAUCGAUUCAUCCUUUUGUGCCGGAGCAGACCUCAAGGAGCGUCGAGGCUUCACACCAGAGGAGACUGUCGCCUUCCUCGCUGAUCUCCGUGGGGCGUUUUCUUCCUUAUCCUCGCUUCCCAUCCCUACUAUCUCUGCAAUCUCAUCCUUUGCUCUCGGUGGCGGGCUAGAACUAGCCCUCUCUACCCAUUUCCGGAUUCUCUCAUCAAACGCCACCGUCAGUCUUCCCGAGAGUCGGCUCGGCAUUAUCCCCGGCGCUGGAGGUACAUUCCGCCUUCCCGCCAUCAUUGGCCUCUCUCGUGCCCGCGAUCUCAUCGUCACGGGACGUCGUGUCGCCGCCCCUGAAGCUUACUUUAUGGGAAUUGCCGACCGUCUUGUUGAGAUUGGAUCCGAAUCUGACGACAGAACUAACGGACUCGACAUUCUCUCCAAGGCCAGAAGGGCUGUGCUAGCUGAGGCCGUCAAUUUGGCAAAAGAAAUCUGCGAGGGAGGGCCGAUUGGCGUCAGAAUGGGCUUGAAGGCUGUUACCUAUGCGAGGAAGCAGGAGGAUGAAAAUGAGAUAUACGAGCAGGUGAUAAACACGGAGGACCGAAAUGAGGCUCUAAGCGCCUUCCAGGAGAAAAGAAAGCCUGUAUUUAGAGGCCGGUAG